UAUGUACUUGCUGUGAUUAAAAAUAAAAUAAAUAAAAAUGAAACAUUGGCGUUUAUAUUUUUAUUUAAUAAGAGGGGAGAAAUGUUUUCUAAUCUAAAAAAAGAGAAUUUAACUAUCAAUAAAAAAAAAACAACAACGUCAGCAAGUGAAUCCACAUUGUCUUCCUGUCAGUUAGAUAUUACAUGUCAUGAUUGUACCACUACAAUCAACUUGAUAUACUUUUUUUUUUUUGCUCUUUAACUAUUCUCGUAAAUUAAAUUUAUUAUAAAAAGUAGCUAGACAAAUAAAUUAAUAAUGGAAGUUGUUGAUAAUGAAUUUAAAUUAACACAAAAACAAAAAGAAUAUGCGAGUUUUUAUUUACACGAAAAUGAACCUAGUGCAACUUUAAAAAUACAAGAAAUUCGUAAAUGGAUUGAAAGUGAUGAUGCAUUAUUUGCUAGAACAGAUGAUUUUUCAAUUGUAAGAUUUUUAAGAUCUUGUAAAUUUGAUGUUGAAAAAACUAAAAUUAAAUUACGUAAUUAUUAUGGACAAAGAAGACAAUCACCAGAAUGGUAUGCUGAUAGAAAUCCAUUUUUAUCUGAUAUGCAAGAAAUGUUUAAUCUUGGAGUAUUUUUACCAUUGAAAGAGCUUGAUGAAGAAGGAAGAAUGAUAAUUUUAUUACGAACAUCAGUUCAUGAUCCUCAUAAACACACAAUUGAAAAUGUUGUCAAGGCUGGAAUGAUGAUAUUAGAUAUUGCAACAAGAUCAAAUGUAUCAACGUCAUUGCAUGGUGUUAUUGGAAUUUUUGAUAUGACUGGUGUAACAAUGUCACAUGGUCUACAAAUGACACCAAGUGUCAUACAAAAAUUAGUACAUUCUUGGCAAGGUUGUUAUCCACUGAGAAUUCAUUCAUUGAAUUUUAUAAAUGCACCAAUUUAUGUCAAUGUUGUUUUAAAUAUAUUUAAAAAAUUUAUGAGCAAAAAGUUACAGUCAAAAGUUUUUAUUCAUAUGAAAUCAAGUAAAAAAUGGUCGAAUAAUUUGGCAAUUGAUUUAUUGCCAAUUGAGUAUGGUGGAAAUGGUGGUACUCUUCAAGAAUUAAUUGAUUAUUGGAAAAAUAUUGUGGAAGAAAAUCAUGAUUGGUUUAAAGAAGACGAAAAAUAUCAAUCAAUUUGAUUAUUUAUUUUUUGAACACAUUUAUUUUUUUUUUUUAAUUUAAUUUAUUAAGUAUUAAUAUUUUAUGGGAAUUUUUUCUUUUUUUUUUUUCUAUAAAUAAUGGUUAAAAGACACGCACAAUUCCUUCACCAAAAUUAUUUUUUUUUCAUUUGUUUUUAGUUGUAAAAUUUGUUUAUUUUUGAUUUUUUUAAAUUCUUUAUUUUUUUUUUUUUUAUAUUAUAUUAUUAUUACAAUUUAAAUAUAUAUAUAUAUACUUAAGUCAUGGGCAAGUAGAUUACACAAUUAACCAAC